ACAAUCACGCGCUAGCAAAACAGUGAACAUUCUUAUAGAGCCCGGAUUAAAAUCACCUUGACUAUUUUUUUACCACAGUCAGCUAUUUAAUUCAUAGUGAUUCAUAGAGAAUGAGUUAGGCAGUUUUAGCGGAGGAGAUUUCAGGGCGCUAACUUGUGGGAUUAGUUUGCGUGCAGCCUUUCAGCGGAAGCCGAUUGUUGUGGGAUGGGCUGUGAGGUGUUCAAGAUGGCGGCGCCCUGUGGAGUGAAGCUACUCUAACAGAGGUGCCUGGAGACUGAAUUGGUGGGUGGCCCCAAGAGAGUCCUCCAGGCAGGAAGGAAGGAAGGACGUUAGAAGGACUCUGCUUCCACCAAGAACACUGCCACCAUGGCGAGGGAGCAGCCGAGCACGGGGGACCUCCUCCCGCUCUUGGAGACCUCCGACCUCCACCAGCUAGAAGAGAUCAGAGGCCUUAUUAAUGAGCAACUCAGCACGGAACGAGGGUCUGUGCUGCUCAACGGGCUGGUGGACUACUUUUUAGAAACAAACUCCUCAGAGGCCAUGCAUAUCCUCUGCGCAGUCCGAGAGCCACACGACAAGCACCUUCUGGACAAGAUGAACGAGUGCAUGACCAAACAGGCGUGCCGGCUGCCCACCCUCACCAUGCUCGGCCACGUCAUCCGCAAGCAGCCGUCCUGGAUCCACAAGAUUGCCCGAUACCCUCUUCUGCUCUCGCUGCUCAAAUGCCUAAAGACUGAUACGGAUGUGGUGGUGCUGAUAACUGGCGUGCUGGUGCUGAUCACGCUUCUUCCCAUGAUUCCUCAAGCGGGAAAACAACACCUGUGGGAGUACUUUGACAUUUUUGGCCGCUUGGCAUCCUGGAACCUCAAAAAUCCCGGUCACAUUUCAGAGGUUUACUUGAUCCACCUCCAUGCCAGCGUCUAUUCGCUCUUCCAUCGUCUGUACGGCAUGUACCCUUGCAACUUUGUGUCCUACCUGCGCUCGCACUAUAGCAUGAAGGAAAACAUGGAAACAUUUGAAGAAGUGGUCAAGCCAAUGCUUGAACACGUCCGGAUCCACCCUGAACUGGUGACAGGAACCAAGGAUCAUGAGCUCGACCCCACCAGGUGGAAAAAGUAUGAAAUCCACGAUAUCGUCAUUGAAUGUGCCAAAGUGUCUCUGGACCCGAAGGAGGCCUCCUGUGAGGAAGGAUAUGCCACCAUGCCUGAGAACUUCUACCCUCAAGUCCAUCUGCGACCACAAGACUGCACUUCCAGCCCUUACACGGACCUCUACAGCAGCUAUGGAAGCUCUUCAUCCACUCCGUUCUCCACUCCACGGCAGCCGCUGCCUCCGCCCCUGUCUUUGCCCCCCCUCUCAGGGACACAGUCCAACAACCGUAGCCCACAGACCACCAAACGGCAGAACUCCACCUGUGAAGCUAACGUCUCCAAUGGCGGGAAGGACCCACUGUGGAGCCCUUCCUCUUUGUGUGGAAUGGCCACGCCCCCUUCAUCCAGGGGCAUGUCGCCCAACUUUGAGCUCUCCCACAGUGCCUCACACCUUCCCAGCCGCUUCCACUGCACUUCCGGAGGGAAAGGAACAUCUGCCUCCAGUACUCCAGCCACUUCAUCACCGCCCCCCACCCUGUCGGAUGACUUUCCCAUCAUCUCCCUACCGGCCAACACGGUCCACUCCAGUCCACCCAGAAAAGAACGCAGACAUGGCGACAGUGGGAAACCAACACUGGUGAGACAGGAACCCGUGAAAGACUCUGAGAAAAGCGGCGCGACAAACAGAGAUGCCGCAGACGCGGCGAGCGUGUCCAUGACGUUGACCGAGCUGUCGGUUUUCAUGAAGAAACAAGAGUUGGAGCUUCAGCUGAGAACGGAAAAAGAAAAAGAGGAGGCGGCUAUCACCGAGGAGCUGCUCAAGAUCACAGAGGACAAGCAGGAGCUUUCAGGCUUGAGGGGAUUCGACUCCCCUUUCUACCGCACCACCGAGACUCUGACCGGCUGUCAGACGCAAGACAAGAUCGUCACCAACAGCCAAGUGGGCGGGGCCAUCCUGGACCUACGCCACGCGGUGUCUACGCCGGACAAAGCGGAGAAUAACACCAGCGCCAGUGACGUCGGGAGCGAACAGGGAGGGGGAGACAGCCGGAGUUCAGCCGGCGGCCUCAAUCAGUCCUGGCCCUUCCUGUCAGGUUUCACCCCUAUCGAUCACCACCUCCACCGGAGCCCCUCGGCCCCAGAAGAAGAAGCGGGAAAGUUUGCCAUGUUCUCUCCAAGCCCCUGCGGCAAGACCCCGGCGCCGGUGCCGUACGAGGUGUUCUUUGACCUAGCUCUGCCCAGGGCGGCCUCGCUUUACAUACAUCAGAAGACAUCGGAGGCCGUCCACAAAGCGGCGCUGGAGAGGCUCUCGAGACGGGAAGAGGGGCUGGAGGACGGCGAGGAGGAGGGGCUUAUGACCGCUUCACCACUGGAGGUGCUGGAUCGCCUUGUUCAGCAGGGGAGCGACGCCCACGAUAAAGUCCUCAAGAGAUUACCUUUGCCAAGUAAGUCAGCUGACUGGACGCACUUUGGAGGGUCGGCUCCAUCCGACGAGCUCCACACGCUGCGGAGCCAGCUGCUCCUGCUGCACAACCAGCUGCUUUACGAGCGCUACAAGCGAGAACAGCACGCCGUCCGCAACAGGCGCCUCCUGCGACGCAUCAUCAACGCCACCGCGCUGGAAGAGCAGAAUAACGCCAUGAAGGACCAGCUGAACCUGCAGAGUGUGGACAUCUCGUCCCUGAGGGAGAGUCUCCAGGUGGAGCAGCAGCGCUACAGGCAGCUGUGGGACGACCGCGAGACGGUGGUGACCCGUUUGCACAGUCAGAUCCGACAGCUGCAGCAGGGGCGGGACGACUACUACACCAAGAACCAGGAGCUGCAGAGCAAGUUACAAGAGUGUCAGAAAAGGAUGGGCGAAUUAGAGGCGGAGCUUCAGGGGGCGAAUAACAAAGUCUGUCACACUGGGCACCUGCUCAAACAGAUGACCAUCAAGUUACGCAACAGUGAGGGCACCCAGCAGCAAAUGAGCUUCCUGAACAAACAGCUGCUGCUCCUUGGGGAGGCACACAAACUCUCCAUGCAGGAACUGAAGUUUGCAGGCGCAGAUAAUACCAAGCGACCCAGCAGCCACGAGGCCCAGAUGCUGCAAGUGUCCUACAGGAAGGAGGUGGAGACUCUGAGACAGAACCUGCUGGUCCAGGGCCAGAAACUGGAGGCAGCGCAUCAGAGAGCGGCUGAGCUGGAGACGCUCCUCUCCAAGAAGGAACACCUCAUUGCAGAACAGAAGAAGUUUCUUGAGGAUGUCAAAUGUCAAGCAAAGGCAGAGCUGCAGGCCUCCGACAGCAGGUACCAGGCUCAGAAGAGAAUCGCCCAACUGCUGCAGACCGAAAUCCUGCAACUGUACAGCAAAGUCGAGAUGGAAGUUCCAGCUAGCUUGCCGCUAGGGCUGAAAGCUGACCGACAUGCGCCUGCCGAUUCCAGCAGCAUCCUGGUGCCCGAUGGACCAAGUAAAACUUGCACCAACGAGGUGAUGGACGGUCGACCACCACGACGGGACUCCCACUGCGGCAACGGCAGCACUUUAUUAGCAGGGCAUCUCAAGGCGAGCAAAUCUUCCAAGAGCACCGCCAACUCGGUCAACGGCAGCAAGGAGUGCGGCCCGUCUCUAAUGGCGGACCUCCCCCUGUCCUGCCCCCGCACCAACCCGCUGGCAACGUUGACGCCAUCCGACGCCCCCCUCACCGUGGGAUCCUACCCCAGUGCCAAGAGCUUCCUCGGCAUGAGGGCGCGCGAGCUCUUUCGCAACAAAAGCGAGAGUCAAUGCGGCGAGGAGGAGGAAGAGGACGAGCAGCCGUUGAAGGCUGAGCCGUGCGCAGAGCCGCCGGGUCCUGGCGCCCGCCUCAGCCUGGCGCCCGCCCCGACUGCGACCCCGAGCCCGGCCGCUCGACCUGCCAAGACUUCCUCGGAGUCCAAACAGCAGGUCCCCGGUCAUGAAAGCCCCCGCAGGAAGAUAGGGCGGGGCUCCUUGGGGACCGGGCGGCCCCGGCAGCAACAGCUUAAGAUCAUGGACUACAACGAAACGCAUCAUGAGCACAGUUAGGAAACGCGACAUAGCCGCCGGCAAGUCCAAAGCUAACGUUUUAAAGGAUUUACAAAUAGGUCAAAGUAAUUCGUCAGCAACUCUUUGAAAGUCAGUAUUAUUUGCUCCGUUCCUCUGAGUGGACAACAGGAUACCCCCCCCCUACUUUUUUGUUUUUUUGUUUUCUUAAAUCAAUUCAUCCACAAGACUUGUGGACAAAACUAUAUAUCGGCACCAGAGAUUCUGAACGUGAACUCGGUUGCGACGAUGAUGCUUUGAGAAAACAUUCGCAAAAUGUGAGCCGAAAAUUUGCAAAGUGUUUGAAAUGAAUGACUAUUUAUGCCUUUUUUUUAACAAACCGCAGCACAUUGGGACCUGUUUUUACUCUUUUAUUUCUCCAUUCAUCACGGAUGCUCACACAAAUUUGGUUAGAGAUGACACAAUAAACAGCUUGGUAAGCUUAGCAUUGCUCCAUCAUAUUCUUCAUAUUUAGUGUGACAAAAUGCGCAUUCUGUUCCUCCCCUCUCACUUUGGCACCAAACCGCUGCACAAAUAAGUUUUUGUCUUCUUUCUGAAUCCUGUUGUCCACCAGGAUCUGCUGUCACGUUCUUCUGCCGCGCUAUCAUUAGCAUGUUCAACAAUCCACUUUAAUUGCCAACCGUAGUCUAUACAGCAGCCUAAAACAGAAGGUACAAUCUGCACAAACUGAAGAAAGCAGGACUCUCUAAUGGGUGACAUGGCAAAAAACAGGAAGUUCCUAAAGCAGUGGCUUGUGUUUAACUGUGAACAAUAAAGGUCGUCUUCAAUGUUUUGCACUACAA